ACGCGACGAGACUCAAGAAAAUCAACUCGGCUAAGGAUAAAGCGGAAUCACUGCUCAAACAAAUGAUCCAAGCGGUUGAGUUUACUCAAAAUCUGGUAGAGAGAAGCUUAAACUUAGAUAUCAUGCAAAACAGGGAAACUCUCAAACACAGAUUUCAGGAGCUUCGUGACAUUAAGGUGCCAAAACACCACGAGACCUCAUUCAUCAAAUUUACCGCGGCUUCUGUGGAGGGCUUGAGACUGGGCUAUAUCGGAACCGAGGUAAUUGAUGUGAGUCAAUGCACUGUGGAAGGACUGGAUCAAAUUCUUCAGGCUGGUGUAGCAGCAGAAUUAAUAUUAUGCCCAAGAACACCUGAGGGAGAUAUAAGUAACCUGUCUGAUCCUAAAAAUCAAAUUGAAGUUCUCAUUGAACCUACUACAGACGUCACAAAUGUGAUCGUUAGCGAGAAAGGAAACGGUAAAUUAAAGGUGAAUUUUACACCAAAAGUGCCGGGCGCCUACAACAUUGAAGUGAAGAUCAACAACGAUAAGCUUCCGAAUUGCCCUUUUACUAUGCAUAUAAAAGAACGUGAACUUGUUGUCGUCGGUGAGUUGACCUUGAAGUUAUUUAAAGGAGAUGAGCUUCACAGUCUACAUGGAAUUGAUGUAAAUACAGCAGGGAACAUUGCCGUAACAGAUUGGACUGGAAACUGUGUUUAUAUAUUCGAUAAAGAAGGCAACUGUUUAAGAAGAAUUGGCAGCGAAGGAGGAAAUGCCGUACGAUUUCACCAGCCACGCGGCGUUACAUAUUUAAACGAUAACGAGAUUCUGGUCGCAGAUCAAAGGAAUCAUAGAAUACAACAAGUAGAUGUCCAGACAGGAACUGUUGUAAAAACCUUUGGAAAAUGUGGUGGAGCAAAGGGAGAGUUUUCGAGCCCGGUUGAUGUUUGCCUGGAUGAACAACAACGCAUUGUUGUAACCGAGCUCGGCAAUCAUAGGAUACAGGUCAUGACACAAGAGGGUGAGACUAUUACCAUGUUUGGAGACAGCGGCCCAGAGAAACUCAAAUGUCCAACAAGCUGCAUUCCUUACAAAAACAUGUUUCUUGUAGCUGAUGCAGGCAAUAACUGUAUUAAAGUUUUCAAUCAGUCAGGAACUUUCUUGUACAAGUUUGGAAAACAAGGCAAUCAAGAUGGACAAUUUAACUGGCCGCAUGAUAUGCUUCUACUCAGCUCCAAUAAUCUUCUUGUAUGUGAUAUUAACAAUCGCCGAGUUCAGCAGUUUUCUUUAGACGGUCGCUUCACAGGCAAAACUAUCACUGAUUUACCACGUCCUAUCGGAAUAGCAACAGCGCCAGAUGAACGUAUUCUCGUGGCUAGCGCCAUAACU